AUGUAUCAUUUCUUUACUCUUUCGUUAUUUUUGACCCUUGUCGCGUUUACUACGUCCUUUCCAUCAUCCACGUUUCGACGUGAUCUCGGCUUUACUAAAUGCAAAGGUGAAUUUCCAAAUGAAAUUACAAUCGGUUCAUACGACCCUACCCCGGCAGUUUCUGGGCAAAACAUGACAGUUACUAUCUCAGGAACAAGUACUGUAACAGUUCUUGAAGGAGCAACGGUAAACGUCACAGGACUGUACCAAGGAACACAUGCUUUUGAGCAUAUUAUGGAUUUUUGUAAAGUAUGGGCUGAACCAAAUGGUGAUAAAUGUCCUGUUGCACCUGGGAAUUUUAAGUAUACUACUACUGUACAUCCUGAAACACAUCCAAAUGAUCCCAAGAAUACUACAAUUGAAUAUGAUCUUAUAUUUAAAA